AUGUCAUCCCCGACCACCUCCACCCAUAUCAGGCCGAUCCGAUCCCCCACCCCGCCAUCUGGCUCCUCCACCCGACCCAUGAUCCCGCGCUCCCAACCCCCUCGCGCGCACUCUGGUCCCGCCUCAACGUCGACGUCCACCUCCACCUCGGCCGCUUCGGCGCCACACCGACCUCCCCGUCGGCCAUCUAUCGCUCAGGCGCACUCCCAACCCAUGUCCACCGCUACUUCCGCCUCCAAUUCCACAGACACCUCCAUCUCCACUUCACAUACCGACCCCUUCCCCUCCUCUUCCCGACCACCCGGGAGCGCCGCCACACCGGCAACGACCGUGUCUUCCCAGCCCCUGUCGAAGAAGACGCGGUCCGGGUCCGCUUCCUCCUCCUCUGCGUCGAUCUCGGCGCUGAAUCCGCUGUCUGCGCCAGCACCGCCCAUCCUCGCUCCAGCGCUGGCCUCGCUGCAGAGCUCCGCACAUGGUCUGAAUGGGAUGCACAGCAGUACGCUGCUAUCGCAAGCGGCGAAUGGGCCAACAGGGACACCGCAGACGGGUCUGGGAAAGAUGGCGGCCGCGGCAAAGGCAAGAUCGGAAGGUGUGGGGAUGCGGAGAGGGAGCGAGGCGGCGGCACAGCAGGUGGAGGAGGAGGGGCAUCCGCUGAGCGAGAAGUCAUUACGAGCGAGCAGAGACUAUCAGACCGUACACACCCUAAACCGUCUAUUCCACCUCCCCACCCGCUGGCGCCUCGUCCGACCGCUCGGCCAGGGCGCAUACGGUCUCGUCAUCCAGGUUCAGGACAGCUAUACCGGAGAAUUCGUCGCUGUCAAGUGUAUCACCCGGGUCUUUGAUAAGGCCAUCUUGGCACGAAGGGCGUUGAGGGAGAUUACGCUGUUGAGGCAUUUUGGGGAGCAUGAGAAUUUGACGGGACUGAUCGAUCUGGAUAAUGUCUGGGACGGGUACAACGAAAUAUAUCUCUACAUGGAACCCAUGGAGGCAGAUCUCCAUCAGAUCGUCCGCUCAGGCCAGCCUCUAUCGAAUACGCAUAUUCAAUACUUCAUUUACCAGCUCUUGAGAGGUAUGAAGUACAUCCACUCGGCAAAUGUCAUUCAUCGGGAUCUAAAGCCCGGGAAUCUGCUCGUCAACGCGGAUUGCGAGCUCAAGAUUUGCGACUUUGGGCUGGCGAGGGGGUAUCGCCCAUCUCAGAAUGGGAUGGAAGAUGGCGGACUGAGAUUGACUGAAUAUGUCGCGACGAGAUGGUACCGUGCUCCCGAAGUCAUGCUGUCAAAUUCGUCAUAUACAACAGCUAUGGACGUCUGGUCAAUAGGAUGUAUCCUUGCGGAAGUCUUAGGCGGGAAACCCCUCUUCAAGGGCUCCGACUAUGUGCACCAGAUCAAUCUCAUCCUUGGCGCCCUGGGAUCCCCGGACGAAGAUACGCUCGUUCGAGUAGGAAGUGAGAAGGCCUGUGCAUAUAUGCGGACAUUACCGCGAUAUGAUCCGGUUGCAUUCAAGACGAUCUUGCCUGAAGCAGAUCCAGAUGCGAUUAGCCUUCUCGACCUCCUGCUCCGCUUCGACCCCGACGCUCGGGUCAACGUCGUCCAAGCUCUCGAACACCCCUACGUCGCUACCUACCACGACGAGUCCGACGAGCCGGCCUGCCACGCCGUCUUUGACAAGUGGGAGCAGGUCGAGUCGCUCGAAACUGUCGAACAGCUCAAAGAGGCCAUCACGAGAGAGAUCGAGGAGUUCCGGGCGGAAGUGCGGUCCGAGACGAUCGAGGAGGAGGAAGAGGAGCUCGAGGAGGCUGAAUGGGUGUAUGACUACAACACCGCCCCUGGCGAGGGCGGUGUCGCGUCGACUACUUCCCCAGCCAAGAUGGGGGACCUGGCGCCUGGCCGCCGGCACGACUAUGCGGGGUCAGAGUACGGCGUCUCGCCCCGGACAUCGUCGAUGCCUCUUCCGGCAGGCCAGCGAUCUCCCGGAACGCCCCUCUCGGUCUUCUCGGACGACUCGUCCAACCCCAACACCCGCCCUUCCACCGCCGGGAUCGGGACAGCCGGCAUAGGCGGACCUGGGAUCGCCUCGGGCCGAUCAUCCCGCCGGACCUCAACGCACAGUAUGCACGGCCACCGCCGCCCCAACUCGUUCCUCUUCUCGUCGGGAUUCGGGGCGGGCAUGACGCCCAUGUCGAGCAUGUCGGGCAUUCAGCCCAUGACUGUCUCGGCGUCUUCUUCGGGCGGUAUUGCAGGUCCGCCGGGUACGGUGGGAGCGGCGGGAGGACUGGGACAUGGCCGGACGGGGUCGUUAUCGUAUGCGCCACUCGGAGAACAGCCGCAGCGGCCCGGAAGGCGAAGUAGGGCGCCGAGCUCUACUAUGCCGGCGGACUUUGCGUCGCUCCGCCCGCUUAUAAGACAGCUGAGUACGCUGGGGAUGGAUGGGACGGGCGUUGGUGGGGAGAGGGACGAGUUGGGCAGGAGAGUGGGCGAGGUGCCGCCCAUGAGUGUCGGUUCGAGCGAUGCGCCGCCGAGCGAGGCUCCGAAAUCUUUUGCUCCGCCCGAGGCUAAAUAA